CCUUAUUGAGACACUAAUCUGUUAAGUUGUGUUUAAAUUUGUUAAAAAGUUUAUCCAUACAGUUCGCGCCAUUUUUUAAAUGUUACGUUUUUAAGUGAUUCUGUCGUUGCAUAAUUUGCGAAGAAUUUAUUAGACAGUGAGAAAUAAAUAGAUGGCCGCGCCACGCGUGAUGAGGCGCAGAGAAAGUUUAUUUUUAUAAUAAUAGCAAUAGCAAAACCAUAUGCGGGAAGCUGAGCAAACACCACAUGUCAAUUACAAGCACCUAAGCUAGAGAUUACUGAACUUUUGUAGGUAAAUGAACUUGCGAAUAUGACUGAGUACGAUAUCAUGCCUUGUUAUGAUGAAGACGAACUGUUUCAAGAGAGGAAUGAUAAUGUCACAGAUCUACAUGCUUACUAUAUGUCACAAUUCAACUUGGAAUUAGAGAACGGUAAUAAAAAAUGUAAAGACAAUUUUAAAUAUGGCGCAGAGGAAAGUUUCGAUUUUGAAGUACUACAUGGUUGGGAUAAUGGAAUAGAUAAUACAACAGGAUUUGAAGCUAUAGACAAAGUUAUUGAAAGUAAUAUUAACGAUCAAAAUAUUAAAGAAGUUUUACUAGAUCUUGACAGUAUUGAAUUCGAGGAAAAGAAUAGUACAUAUAAUAAUAACAAAGAGAUUGAAAAAAAUAAUUAUGAUAUCAAUAAUGAUUACAUUGAUGACGAAUCGUUAAUAGAUGAAUUGUGCAGGGAAGAAAAUGAAACUUGUCCUCUCACUCCUGAAGCUUUUAAUGAAGAUUAUUUUACUUCAAUAGCUAACGAUAAAAAUAAUUUAUUACCACCCAUCGAAACAGCGUUUUCUAAAAGAUAUUGUCAUUAUAAUGUAGAAGGAUCUAAUGAUUUAGAGAAUUUUGAUAAUCAAAUCAAUAAUACAAUAAUUUCAAACGCCGACUUGCCAUUGGUCAACAGUAUAGAGCAUUACAGUUAUCCCAAUAAUAUUCUUUAUAAUUUAGGAACUGAUAAAAAAUAUAUUUUGCCUGAUACUCCGACGAGUUGCACAGAAUUUAAUUUCGAUAGAAAUGAAAGAAAACUCUCAGUUUCCGAAUCUAUAGAAAGUGACGUUCACAGUACAAGUUACUACGAUCAUGACGGACACUCAGAAACAUUCGAUGAAGAAGAUUUAUUCAUUAACUUGGAUGAUUUUGGCUUAAUACUAGAAACAGAUAAUGAAACUAGUAAUGAUAAUAAUAGAAAUAAUUAUCAAAACGAUAAAAAAUCAGACAAGGAAAAAAAUCAAGGUGAAAGGAUUUGUUUAUGGGAGCAAUGUUUUGAAAGAUAUCCUAACCAGAGCACAUUAGUCGAACAUAUUGAAAGGGCCCAUGUCAACACCUAUAAAGGCGAUGAGUUCAGCUGCCUAUGGCGUGAUUGUGCUCGUUCACGUAGACCGUUCAACGCUAGAUACAAACUACUAAUACAUAUGCGGGUACACUCUGGACACAAGCCUAAUAGAUGUCACCAUCCAGGUUGCGGUAAAGCGUUUUCGCGAUUAGAAAACUUAAAGAUCCACGUGAGAUCGCACACAGGGGAGCGUCCGUACGCAUGUCCAGCUCCUCACUGCAGGAAGGCUUUCUCAAACUCUUCAGAUCGAGCCAAGCAUCAAAGGACGCAUUUUAAUGCUAGGCCGUAUGCUUGUGGUGCUGCUGGAUGCGGAAAACGCUAUACAGACCCCUCAUCUCUACGUAAACACGUCAAGUCCCACCCACACAUAACCAAUGUGCCAAGAACUUGUCUACCACCUUCCAGGCCAAUCAGGAGACCAGAACAGGAACAGCUAGUACCGAGUUCUCCAGCGAAACUGGCGACGUUAAGAUCUAUUAGAGAUAAGUUGACGGUUCCAAGACUUCAGAGAUUAUAAUGAACAUCCAAUAGAAGCAAAGAAAUUACAAUAAAAUAACUUACAUAAUUACAUAUUUAAAACAAAGUCGCUGUCGCUGUCUGUCCCUAUGUAAGCUUAAAUCUUUAAAACUACGCAACGGAUUUUGAAGCGGUAUUUUUAAUAGAUAGAGUGAUUCAAUAGGAAGGUUUAUAUAUAUAUUACAUAUACACCCGUGCGAAGCCGGGGCGAGUAGCUGUUCUUAUAUAAAGACAAAAUUAUAAAUGGAUACCAGAAAUUACCACGGGAAAGAUGCGAAAACGACAGUUUCAGCAGAU